GCCGGACGCGCGCGUCCCCGACAAGCGAUGCAGUGUGAACACGCCUAACUUUUUUUUUUACUACGAGAAUCGCAAUUGGCCCUGGGUCACGUUUGGUUUCCUAGUCAUUGGAAUCGCCGCCGACCUCCUACUCUCUCCCAGUCCCGCUAAAGUCCCCAUCACUGCGUUGCUUGGUCUUCCCUCUGGUCAAUGAGCGGACCUCCACAGUCACAGGAACAAGCCUUGUUGUCCGCCUGCACGACCACCAACGAGGCGAUUGCUUCAUAAAACAGCCAGCUCUCCUCUCGAUCCAGGAGGAGCUAGUCCCCGGGGAAGACAAUCCAGACGUCAAGCAGUCAAGAAACAGUCGUCCGGCUAGAGCGAGAACCGAGAAGCCAUGUUGAUCGUCCUAGCCCUGAUCAUCGUGUUCCAUCUGGCCUCAGCUGCGCUGCUGUUUGCCGCCACCAUAUACAACUCAUGGUGGGUGGUCUCUACCUCCACUGAAAACGUGUACUACUCAGACCUGUGGUUCACCUGCAAUGAGACGUGCUACUCCGUGGCCAAGAGCCACACUGCAGACGCAGCCUACCUGCAGACGGUGCAGGCCACCAUGAUCCUGUCCACCAUCCUGUGCUGCAUGGCCUUCUUCGUCUUCAUCCUGCAGCUCUUCAGGCUGAGGCAGGGCGAGCGCUUCGUCUUCACCGCCAUCAUUCAGCUGCUGGCCUCUGUCUGCGUGAUGGUGGCGGCCUCUGUGUACACGGCGCAGAAGGACAGCUUCCACGAGCCGAAGCUGCGGGCAGGCACCUACAGCUCCUCCUUCUACCUGGCCUGGGCCAGCUUCCCCAUGACCCUGCUGAGCGGCAUCAUGUACCUGGUCCUCCGCAAGCGCAAAUAAAGACCGGCCCUGCCCCGACAGAGCGCCAGAGAGCUGUACCACCAUCGCUGAAGGUCAGAGGGGAGCUCAGGCUGCUGCUUUUGGACCACGCCAACUCUCAAAGGGGGGGUGUGCAGCCGGUCUCUGGUGUCGUCUGAGGUUGUCAUGCAGGAAGGGGUCUUAGUAGGGUUAAUCCAGUGUCGGCUUGUUGGUGAAACAAUGGCUUUGGCUGGCAUGCUCUACUCUAUCUAAAUAGAAGGUAUGGUAUGGUAGGCUCCCUCUAGCUUUUAUAUAUAUAUAUAUAUAUACAUACAUAUAUAUAUAUAUAGAUAUUUAACUCAAUGGGCAAAAGUUAGGCUGCUGUUGUGUGUCAAGUUACUCAUCAGGAUGUUCUGCAUCGUGCAUCAAACACACAAACACUUACGCACAUGCAGACACAGAGUGCAGAUAUAGAGAAACACUACGUCCACAUGCAUUGAACUCCCCUCAAUUCCACUCACCAUGCAUCUCACUGCAAUAUAGCAUCACUAUAGCGUGCACUGCUACAACACUGAGGUCACACUUAUCGCAUUCCCAUUACUAAACCAAACCAAUCAAAGCCUAUGAAUUAUUUUGGAAUAUUUUGAGAUGCAGACGUCUCACACAAACAGGCAAGGACUUAUUAACGUGCUAAAGCUAGUGUUCAAGGAAAUCGAUCUGUACAUAUUUGCUUUGUGUGUAUAAUAGAAGUUAGUACUACAACUGCUUUGCAUAAUAUGAAUAGGAAGAAUGUAUGGAGUUAGAAUCAUGCCAAAACCCCACACACACGCAAAACGUGUUUUGCUCACGCAUAAUGAUUCAUCGGAAUGCAUUCCGAUCCACGCGCAGCUUUCGUGUUCCGUACUUGUAGAAUUGUUUUGUGUACUUGAAGGAUUUUUUUUUGUACUUUGUGUAAAACAUUCUGCAUUUGUUUCUGAAGCAAAAUGCAUUAGUUUGUGAAUGAUGUUUUGAAUUUGCAAACCACACUGAGCGUGUGUGUGAAUCAUUGUGCGUGAGUAAAACACGUUUUGUGUGCGUGUGAAUCGUUAUGCGUGAGCAAAACACGUUUUGCGUGUGUGCAGGGUUUUGGCAUGAUUCUAACUCCAUAAGAAUGUGUAUGCACACCUGUGUACAUACACACAAUAGAGGUAUAAUAGAGGUUUGGUAUGAAGACCGAUGUAGGAUUAUCUUAUUAUAUUUCUAUAUUUUUGUUAUGUAACUGACUCUUGUGUUCUAAUGAUGGGAAGGGAUGGGACUUUUUACGUUUUCUUUUUGAGGUGUGCAUAGGAAAAAAACACACUGCACACUUUUAUAUUAUGAAAAGAUAUGAAAAUGGGAUAGCUAUUUAUUUGUUUCAAACCACUAGAGCAUAAAAGCAAUUAAAUAUUCAGAUUGUCGGUUUGAAGUCCAGCGAAACAUGUUAGAUCAAAUGUUUUUUCCAUUUUCUUUUGCUUUGCUAUUUUCUUACCCGUCAUUCUCCAAUGCUAAAGUGAAGCUCCAAAACACCACCUUCUACCUGUGGCUUCCCUGGACAGACCAAGGGCAUUCAUUAGAGCCUAGCCUGAUGUAGGCAUAGGCCCAUCAAUGGCAGGUAAUAUUCAGCCUGGUAUUAACUUGAGAUCUAGACUGGAUCACCCUGUUCUUCCCAUUAAUCAUCAAAAUGCUUUAUGAGGAAUCCUAAUGUAUUAAGAUAAUUUUUCACAAUAUUUUUAGGAUUUUUUUUGGAUUAACAAAUUAGGCCAAUUUAACAUCAGUACUGGAAUGAUGUAAGCAACAUACUGGAGCGCCUAGGUGUUGUGCUUGUGUGUGUGUUUCAGCAUUUUGGCCCAAGAUUAUAAUAUACAGAUGUACGGAUAGAUAGAUAGAUAGAUAGAUAGAUAGAUAGAUAGAUAGAUAGAUAGAUAGAUAGAUAGAUAGAUAGAUAGAUAGAUAGAUAGAUAGAUAGAUAGAUAGAUAGAUAGAUAGAUAGAUAGAUAGAUAGAUAGAUAGAUAGAUAGAUAGAUAGAUAGAUAGAUAGAUAGAUACAACUUUAUUAAUCCCCCGGAGGGGAAAUUCCUUUGUUACAGCAAAGCAGCAGCAUUAACAUCAAAGUGAUUCUAUUUAACCUUUUUUUUCACUAUUAAUGAAAUAUGUUUUGCUUAUGGUGAAAGAAUUGGAGCAGGUGGGACUCAUAGAAUACAAGGGGAACAUAUUUUCCAUCUGUAGUGUUGAAAAUGUCUUAGGUCAAUUUAUUUAGUGAUUUGAUUUGAUUUUGUUUUGUGUUUAGCGCUGUGCCUUUUAAAUAUUUGUCUUGGUCAUUGAAGUAUUAAUUACAACACGUUCGGUUUGCUUCAACCAAGAAACUUGUUUCCAUGUUUUACCGUGAAUACAAUCUGUGACUGUACAAUGCAAAACUCGACCAGAGAGAAACACUGUUCUGUGAGUUUGGUGGUUUGUAUGCGUGUGUUUGGCCUACAUAUCAUAUUUGUACCUGUAUGUUUUCAAUUCUUUCAAUAGUUCUUCUGAGGGGGAUCAAACAUUGGACAUUUACUUAAGACGUCGCACACGUGUACACGUCCUUCUUGUAAUGUUUUCAUUGAACUAAAGUAUUGUUUGGCUGUCUAAAAUCAAUAUAUGUAUUUUAAAUUGAAAGCAUAUCUUCAAAGGCUAAAACAGUGGAAUGGUUUUGAUAAGAGGACAAGAAUGUCCGUGCUAUAGCCUGCAACAUUAAACAUAUCUGUUGUGUAAAUGUUUUCAGUUUUCCCUAAUUAAGUAGGGGCCUACUAAACGAGCUACACACAACUCUUGUUGAGCUCAAUACAUUUAUUUUGCAAAACAAACUGGAUAUAUAACCCUGUGUGAUCAUUUGAUUAUUUCACUAUAUUGAAUAAAAUUGAUAUCACUGGAUUGACAACACUGAUGGUCCCUCUGCUAUAAUAACGCUAGCUGCUGUUGUUGAGCUUGGAGCUAAAUCUAGAUUGUUCAUCGGACGCCGGUAGGGGGAGGCACAACGGUUAUUUUUGUGACAAACAUUUUGUUAUUUUUUAAUAGGCCUGACUUAUUUUCGUCUUCGAGACUAGAUCGAAAGUUUCUCCUUUAUUGUAUAACAUUUGUCCGUGCAUUGAAUACAAUUGCCUCUACACAUCUAUUUCCUUAAUAUAUGUCUCGUUUUAAUGUGAGCAAAAUUUGAACACGCUCAGGAUACAAAAUGAUGUCCAAACGAUGACUUGAAACAUGUCGACCAAAGAAAAUGACAAUUCAGAUGGUUUAGUUCAGGUGGGCAAUAAAUGAUCUGUCCAAAGCGGACUCCGAUAAUAAUCUCGUCGUUUUCCCAAUGUCCAUCUAGUGGCCGCUUCUCUAUUUUACACAACUGUGCUAUCCGUGGUGCUGAAACACUGCUCCAACGCGAACGUCUCUUCAAGAAUACUUAUCAAACCGUUCCUACAGUGUUGACAAACCCAAUAAAGAAUGGUUUAUUAAUGA